UGCUCUGCAGAACGCGUGUAGCUCCGUUUGUUAAAAAUUAGAGUGAAUUGACUUUUUAUAAAAUUUAAAGGUAAGAUCUAGGUAAUCUCAUAGGCUUUUUAUUAUAUUUUAAUUUUAAAGCGAGAUGAAUAUUUUAAAAUUGUAAAUUGUUUGUACAUCUUAAAAUACUCAUAACUCACUUUAAAAUUGAAAUAUAAUAAAAAGCCCAUGCGAUUGCCUAGAUAAUAGUCUUACCUUUAAAUUUCAUAAGAAGUCAAUUCACUCUAAUUUUUAAACUUACGGAGCGACGCGUGUUCUGCUGAGCAUACAAUUUGCAAUGUUACGCCCUUGUAAGACAGAGACAACAUAUGCAGGUGAGGCGUCCUCUUAAUAAAUUGUGAGUAGAAUUGUGGUGGUCACACAUGAAGGUUUUUUGGUAGUGCAGAGCGGCCAUUUUGGACCACCAGAGAUAUCUAAUUAAGAGUGUAUGUGCUACAUUUGUACUGGAAAAUUUAGGUCAUUGUUGAUUACAUACAUGGUAUUGUUAUGUUCAAUUCUUCAAUACAUACAUGAGAAAAUUUCAGUAACAUUCUAGGAAUGUCUGGAAGAGGUUUUUUAAAGAGCCGUUUGGCUAAGGUCGCUUCUAAAGAACCCGAUGAACCACCUAAACCCCAUGAACAUCCUAAACCUGAGGAACCUCCAAAACUAGCAGCACUACCAAUACCAUAUACUGAAGUUCCUGUGGCUGCUAUAAGUUCUCAAACCCUAGUUGCUGGGAAUCAACAAGUUGCUCGCGGAAGAAGGGCUAUGUUAGCUAAUAUUGCUCAAGGAACUGUGUCUCAAAAGUUGUGUGAUACCAUACAAUCAACAUUUUCAAACAUCGAUCUAGGGGAUUUAAAAAAUAUCGUGCGUCCAAACAUUAGUCCAGACCAUAAAAAAGCAGAAGUGGUAUCUGAAUUACUUACACCCCCAAAGCAGCCACAAACAAAUAUUGUAGAUAUUCCAGCAGAAAAGGAAGAAAAGACUCCAGUUAUAUGUAGAGUCUUGAAAAAGUCUGAAAAAGAUGCUUACCACAUUGCUCAACUGUCAUCAAAUUAUAUAAGAAUUAAAUUGGAAGAAGAUAAAGGAAUAUAUGAAUAUAGAGUGGAUUUCAAUCCUCCAGUUGAUGCCAAAUCUGCUAGAUUUUUUUUGGUGAAUGAACACAGAGAUUUAUACCCAGUAAAAACAUUUGAUGGAACAUUACUUUAUAUACCAAAAAUGCUACCACAAAAUGUAACAAAAUUAGUGGGAAAAUUAAGAGAUGGAUCUGAAGUGACAUUAACAAUAACAUUUAAGCGUAAAAAUUCUCUGCGUGAAUGUAUACAUUUUUACAACGUUUUUCUACGUACAAUAAUGAAGAUACUUGGUCUAGUAGAAUUUGGAAGAAGUUGUUAUGAUCAAAAUAAAAGGAUACUAAUUCCUGAAUUCAAACUUGAAGUUUGGCCAGGCUACAUAACUACUAUUGACGAGUUUGAAAAUGGUCUUUAUAUGUGUGCGGAAGUAUCACACAGGGUUUUACGUGUACAAACAGUUCUUCAAAUAAUGACAGACAUUAUGAUGAAUGCGAAAAAAAACAAUACAGAUAGUAAGCAAGAAAUAAUGGCUGCAUUAUGUGGUUCUACAGUAAUUACACAUUACAACCGUAAAACAUACAGAGUUGAUGAUAUAGACUUUACAAUGAAUCCUUUAUCAACUUUUGAACAAAAUGGUGUUGAAGUAACAUACACAGAUUAUUAUAAAAAAAUGUAUGAUGUUGAAAUCAAAAAUCUUCAACAGCCCAUGAUUAUUACAAAAGCAAAAAAAAAAGAUAUAAAUAGAAAAAAUGCAGAUGAUUUAGGUAUUUGUUGCUUAGUUCCUGAGCUUUGCAAUUUAACAGGGCUGACUGAUGCAAUGAAAUCAGACUUUAAACUGAUGAAGGCUCUUCAAACCCAUACUUUGGUUACACCAGAAGUGCGACAAAAUGCUAUAAUUGAAUUUGUGAAUCGUAUAAAUGCUCAUGAAGGAGCUAGCAAGAAAUUUAAAGAUUGGGGCUUAAUGAUGCGUCCAAUCCCAGUGAAAAUGGAAGGUCCCGUUUAUAAAAGAGAAACAAUAUUACUGGGAAGUAAUAUCAGAAAACAAGUUGGAGUAAAUAUGGACUGGGGAAUGGAUGUAGCAAAAAAUGCAAUGUUUGUUGCUGUGAACAUGUUAAAUUGGGCAAUUAUGUAUAAUCCAAAAGAUGAAACUACAGCUAAAUCGUUUUGCAAACAAUUGGCUUCAUGCGGCCGUCCUCUUGGUAUGGAAAUUAAUAUUCCAAAACCAAUUAAAGUUCAGGGGACAAAUCCAGAAGUUUUUGUUAGUACAAUAAACAGUACAUUAAAGAAUAAUUCAGAUAUACAAUUAGUUGUUAUUAUAUUUCCAAAUCAAAGAGAAGACCGUUAUAAUGCUGUGAAACGGAUUUGUUGUUCAGAAAUUGGAAUUCCAUCUCAAGUAAUUAUCUCAAGGACAUUAUCCAAGCCAGAGCGGUUACAAUCAAUUACUCAGAAGAUUGCUUUACAAAUUAAUUGUAAAUUAGGUGGUGCUUGUUGGGCUAUUGACAUCCCAUUGAAAAAUACUAUGAUAGUAGGAAUUGAUGUAUACCAUGAGAAAGGUAAACAAAUGAGUAGUGUUGUUGGUUUUGUAGCUUCAAUGGACAAGACAUUUACUGAAUGGUAUUCAGUUGCUGCAAUGCAAAGGAGUACUCAUCAAGAACUUAUGAAGUCGGUGCAAGACGCGUUCCAUAAAGUGGUGACACAGUUUAAAUCAAAAAAUGGGUUGUUGCCUGAAAAAAUAAUUAUUUAUAGAGAUGGUGUAUCUGACGGAGAUUUAAAACAAGUGGAAGAAAUUGAACUAUCAGAUUUGAUUGAAUCAUUUAAAAGUUACCCGGGACUUUAUAAUCCUAUGGUUACUUUAAUUAUUGUGCAGAAACGAAUCAACACACGUGUUUUUCAAUACGUAAACGAAAAAUAUUUAAAUCCAAGUUCUGGAACUGUUAUUGAUAAUACUGUAACCAGAAGAAAUUAUUUCGAUUUUUUCUUGGUCUCUCAACAUGUUCGUCAGGGUACUGUUAAUCCUACUCAUUACAUUGUACUAAAAAAUGGAUGUAAUUUAAGUGUUGAAAAUGUUCAAAGAUUAUCUUACAAGUUGUGUCACUUGUAUUAUAAUUGGUGUGGUACAGUAAAAGUUCCCGCUCCUGUUCAAUACGCACAUAAACUGGCAUACCUUAUAGGGCAAAAUGUUAGACAAAUGCCAAGUGAUAAUUUAUGCAACUCUCUAUUUUUCCUGUAACGAACAUGUACAAUUUUGGACGACCAGGGUGGUCUUUUCAGUUUAUAUUUACAUGACGUACACAGCUUUUUUUGAUUAUCAAGACUAUUACUGAAAUAGAACAAUUAUUAUUAUUAUUAUUUUUUUUUUUAAGUGAUAAUUUUCACUGAUUUUGUGAUUGUCAAAAAUAUUCAACUCAUAAAAAUAACUUAAAUGAAAAACCUUUGUUCCAAAUGUUAUGUACUUUGGUUUAAAAAGUAAACUGCCUUUUUUUAUUAUGACUAAAAAA